AUGUCCGCCCAAGCCCUGAACCCAAAGCACCAACCUGCCCGCCUGCCCGCCGCCCGCAACUGGGCGUGCAGCUAUCCCGCAACGGCCGACACAAGUCCCAGGUACGUACACGCAUACUUACCUACUGACCAUGUCUCGACGCAUGCUGCACCUACUAGCAGCAGCCGAGGCCUCGCCGCCGCCGCCGCCAACCAAGCCAGGCACACAGGCACAGGCACAGCGAUCGGAGCCACUCAGAGCCACUCAGCGCUGCGACCGGGGGCCACGACAGCCGACCUUCCACGGCUCAGGAGACGGCGGGCCUGCGAUAGGGCAGUCCUUGCCACGACCCUCGCCGAGCCACUCCAGCCAUCGCCAGAGUUGUCUCAACGGGCGAGGGCCGCAUCAAGCUGGCACGACGCUGCUCUGGGGGGGCGCGCGUCAUGUACAUGUCUUCCCCCAAACAGCCUGCGCCCACCGUCCAAAUCACUCGCCUGCGUCCCCAAAGGACGAGAGGAUCCCGACGACGGCGGGCGGCAGUGUCGUCUGAGCGCCUACAUCCUGACACACCCGGCCCAAGCCCUAUGGAACGGACGUGAUUCAGAUCUGACAAAGUCAUAUAUUUUAGCUGAUAUCCGACGCGCCGACGCAGUAGGCUCACCCAUCAUCUCGUCGCCCUACAGCUGUCAAUCUAUGGUGCCUAUUGCUUCCCUGCGCCCUGGAUUCGUAGUCUUGCGCCAGGCGUGGCGGUGUACGUAUUGGAUUGCAUCAAACGAGUGA